AUUUUUCAUUACCUUUUCUCAGUUCUGAGGAUGGAGCAGGAUGUUGAAAAGUUCAUCAGGGACCCUGGUCGACAGCAGAUGGAAUUCCAGCAGCUGCCUACCUCCUAUUUGCGACUGGCUGCUCACCGUGUGGCACAGCACUAUUCACUACAAUCAAUGGUUUUGUUGGACAAUAGUCUACCGGAUGGCUCGGGUUCCAGAAUUAUUGUGCGCAAGACUUCUGAAUGUCGGAUGCCUUUGAUUCGCUUGGCUGACAUCCCGGUGAAUUUGCCUCAAGGAGAUACUGGCGUGGUUAAGGUUGCCAUUAAGCAGAGGCCACAGAAAGGUUCACAGUUUGCAGGUUCUUCAAAUUCAAAUUCAUCAAAGGGAAAUUCUGCCAAAAGUGUUGAGGAAAGAAAGGAGGAAUAUAAUAGGGCUCGAGCACGUAUUUUUAACUCUAAUAGUUUAAGUGGGAGCUCCAAUGUAAAACCUGAAACUGAAUCAAGGUCACAGGAUACUUUCCAGUAUGGUCCAAUAGUCAUACCACAGCUAGAAGAAAAAGGUAGUCUAGCUGGCGGUUCUGAUUUGAAUACUGGGCGGGGUCUGAUUGAUUCUUCAACAAGUAGCAGUAGAUCAGCUAGAAGUAGGACAGAAAAGGAGCCAGUUGGUAGAUCUAAAUCUAAUAAUAAGGUGGCUAUCUUUCGUGAUCGGGAAAUUGACCGGAAGGACCCAGAUUACGACAGGAGUUAUGACAGAUACAUGCAAAGGUUUGAUCCUGGGUUUGGAUUUACUGGUGGCCCAUAUACAAUUCAGCCCAUGUACGCUCCUGCAAUAAACUACAACACUGAGUUUCCCCAGCUUGGUGCAGCACUUCGGUCUCCCAUUUCUGCUGAAAACCAACCUCGUCCACUUCCUCAACAUUUACCUGGGCCUUGGGCAACAUCAGCGACUCCUGGCAUUGGUUAUGGUCCGGCAGAGAGCAUGAUGCCUCCCCCUUUUAGUCACAAUCAUGUUAGUGCACGCUCAAGCGCAGCUAUAUAUUUGCAUUCAACGCAGUAUCCUUGUCAGCGUCCUGGAAUGACUUUUAUCCAUCCUCACGAGCAGGUUCACCAACCCUUCUCACAGCCUCGUCAAAGCUCCAAGAAGAAAGACAAUAAGGUUAGAGAUUUUGAGUAAAUAGUGUCGACAGGACAUGCAACCUUAAGCAAUUGGUAGCUUUGGUGCCAGACUGACAGUGAUAAUACAGAGCUCUGAUUACCGGAUGUUCCUCUGAAGCAAUGUCCAGGAGAGACUCUGCAGAUAAUGUAUUUAAAUGGAAAGUGUUUCCCCUUUUACUGCUUUUCUUGUUUGGACAGAAUAUUCGACUACUUUGUCUUUCGCUGACUAGUUUGUAACUGAAGCAUUUUGUUUGGUCAGAACUCCGUCGCUCUUCACCAAAAUGAUAAUGAUCCUUCCUGGCGACUAUGCCGGUA